CCUGCAGUUUCUUGUUUUCUCGUCAGGGGGCAACAGUUAUACAUAACCUGGUCACAGCGGACGAAGCAAAAUCGAAACUCUUCAAUGAGUCCACCUACAGAGAAAUAGGUUAUUUUUGCCCCCCAACCUCUCUUAUUUUAAUCCUUUGAAGUCUUGGCAAAAAUGAACGGGUCGUUGCACUCGAGCCCAAGUCUUGUAGAUAUAAAUCUGAACCGAGGACCCGCAGGUCUAGGGUUUAAUAUAAUUGGGGGCAUCGACCAGCAAUUUAUCGCGAAUGACAAUGGCGUCUAUGUUAGUAGAAUCAAAGAAGGUGGAUCAGCAGCACUAGAUGGACGACUCGAAGAGGGAGACAAGAUUGUUCAGAUAAACGGAGUCUCGCUCGAGAACCGGUACCACCACGAAGUGGUGGAACUGUUCCGGUCAGCCGGGGAGAACGUCCAGCUCCGCGUUAUGAAAAGGUCUCAACUAAGUAAUGGACCAGCCACCUCCAAACCCAAUCGCCAACCUUCCUCGUCGACUCUGGGAAUGCUGGCGUUAUUCGCUGGAGCCGUGUCGAUCAUUGUUAUAGUAGCUCUUUAUAAACGGUUUAAAUAGGCAUUUUUUUAAAUAUAUAUGUAUUAUGUAUCUAAGCUGACGAUGUCUGUAUGUUUGUUUCAGAAUCAAAAACUUUGCUAAAUGCCAAAAAAAAAAGGAAGAAAAAAACCCCCCCAAUUAAAUAAAGAAGCAGACGAUGUGAACGGUAGACCUUUUCCCGAUUGGCAGGUAAUGGCGUCACGAUUUAGUUUAUUUCCUUUUUCGUGCGUAUUUUGUGAUUUAAUGGUAGCUCCUUGAUGACCCAUUCUUAUCGUCGGAGUUGUGUCCUGCAAAGUAAUUUGUGCCGUACUGAGGUGAAGAGUUCCCUCUCUGAGCGGAUGAGGGCAAACGAAAAGUUCGGACAGCCGUCGGAACAAUCGAGUCGUUCGUAAAACGUAAGCGCUGCGUCGCAUUAGCCGCGCAGAGCCCUCCCUGUGCGCCGAGAGAGCCCGCUGCGUUCCUCAGUGUUGACACCAACUCCUACAAGAUAAUCGUGAGAUACAAGCCAGGGUUUGUAUUCAGACCCACCUGGAAAAAAAUAAAAAUAAAAAAUCUGACAUGACUCGAGGGACUACUUUUAGCUGCAGAUGAAGACGCAUUGCUUUUUGGUGUCCCCCCUCGAUUUGUCGUUUGAAAUUUUAACGGUUUUAAAUAACAGUGUGGCUCUGUACAUUGAAGUAUCCCAGUUAUUCUUCAUCAGAUCAGUGUCUCAUGCGUUCAGGCCAGUUUGUGUUUGACCGAUUCAGGAAACGUGUAUUAAAACAAACAGUUGAUUUGCAUGAAUUAGUGCGUCGGCGCAAUGGAGGCCAUCAGCUACUGAGGCGUUCAGGAAGCCUCGGUCGCUUUUACAGCUGCUUUCUGUCAAUCUUCCUCGUGACAGUGCUUCGCAGGUUCUCCGAGGGGUUUAUGUGUGCCAAGUUUCCCGACCAAACAAUCACAUUUUGGUCAUCAAAGCAGGUUUUUGUGCUUUUCUCAGUCGCUCGUGUGACAUUUUCUGCCACAUGUUUUCCUUCCAUUGAACAUUUCAUCAGCUCUCUUGGUACUCUAUGUGUACGUUGCUACUCGAAAACCCAUACAGCUGAUGGACUUUCAUCAGCUGUAAGCCAUGAUCGUCGAAAUUAGCAUCAAUUGUUCAAAUGUAUCCCUUUGUGUAAAAGAUUUUAAGAGUUUGACUUUCUGAAUGUACCUAUGGAAUUAAGGUUUUUAGUAAUCUAAUCCACCGAGAUGCACUUUCUCCCCUAUCAUCAUUGGGAGGUGCUCUCGUCACUCAUUAAACCCAGCUUUUGGCGAUAUAAUUCAAUAAUAAAAAGUAAGUAUAUAUCUGAUUUAUGUCUGAAAUGGAGAUGUUCUGAUUGUACAAGUAAAGGGAUCUAUUUUUUUGUUUGUUUUGUUUCAUUGUGAGCAGUUUGUUUUGAUUCCUGUCUCAGACUAACAGCAGUGUUGCAAUUAACUCACUACUUUUAAGUUUUGCACUAAAGCGACAAUCAUGGAGAUUUUUCGAUAGCAGUUACAAAACAGGUUUGAACAGAAAUUAAUGUUUUUGUUUUGUUUUUUUCUUUUGGUCACAACAAUCGCAUCACCAUCUCCAUAUGUGGCUAAUUGUAUGUAAAUACAUUUGUGAAUAUGUGCAGUAUACCAGAAAAGAAAAUCACAAGCACUAAUAAGUUACGCAAAUAUCCAGUUUGACAUUCAGACAUGCAAUAAAUAUUUUUAAAUUCA